UCUAGCUCUAUCACACACUAAUUGCAUCAUCUCCAAUUGUUGACGAGCCAAUUCACCUUCAGUCAGUCAUUCUUGACGUUGUUUUUAAUUUAGACACACCAUCCAAUGUUGAUUUGACAUUCGCUAGUCUCAUCUCACACUAAUUUACUUAGGUUGCAUAUUCUUCUGCAAGUUCAACUUUUUCCAUAUAACAUACCAAUUGCGCUUCUCCACCAUCUCGAUCUAGCUUCGGCCAAAUUUCUCUUGCUCCAUACACUGAUCCUCCAUCUUGCCACCCCGUUCAACACAUACAAGACCAAAAUUCAUCAUUGCUAUAUUUUUUAUGGCAUUUUGAAUUAGAAAUUAAAAAAAAAAUCAUUAAAUCACAUUCAGAUAUGCCAAUUUGUUUACUCCUUUGAUACACACCCUUUGCUCAUAUAUUAUUAAUCCGGAGCUCAUUUUAGCCCGGGUUGUAUCUUUUUUAUUCAGUCGCUAUAAUUGAAUUUCUUUAGUAUUUGACCUCUUCUUGUUAACUUACACACUUCUUCAUCAUCAAUUUAUUUGACACUAACAUAAGUCUUCUGUAAGCCCGCAAAUUCGAAGAGGUACUUUGUAACUUACAGAUAAUUUGAAGCCAGGUGGCGUGAUUCCAAGGCAAAGUAAUGAUUAAGAAGGGAAUAUCAGUAAACAAGUGCAAUAAGAAGCAAGCGCUUUAUAAAAUUCAGAAAGACAGUUACGGAGCAGAAUUUCCCAGCUUGGAACUAGUAGAAGUUGGAAAAACAAAACAUCAUUUAGUCUCAAUCAAAUAUUUUAUUUCAGAUCCAGAUUUGGCAGAGAAUUCGGCUAUAAAAGAUCUUUCAGAAUUUUCCAGGGACUUUUCCAUGGUGAAAAAGCUUACUCUUGAAGGUUCAAUAUCACGAGGGAGUUCAAUCAAAAAGGUUUUAAAGAGCUUUCCAAAACAUUGUGCAUCCAUGGCAGUGAUUGUGGGAACAGACCAGGAAAGCUCUCUCGGGAGCUCCAUUGCCAGAUGUUGCGCCAACAAAUUACCAGCAACUUCGGCCGUGUUCGUCAUCUACAAGGACAGGAUUAUUUCAACAAAAAGUUCAGUUUUGGAACUGAAAGGUUUCAGGUUAAAUUAUACAAGGCCUGUGUUUGAAAAUACAGAAUUGAAUGAAAUUCUGGCCGCUGAAUAUGCAACGAGAUACUGUAGAGAGGAGAACAAGGAGAAAUUUUCAUUGACAUCAACUUCUCUUAAGCAGAAAGAGCAGCCAGAUUUGAUUCUGGGAUGGCCUCUUCUUCGAAGAGCCUGGCUUAAAAAUCAUGAAAUCAAAAUUGAUCUCAAAGAUGAUACAGCUCAUGGCAGCAGCAGGAGCUUAAGAGAUGAGACACUUAGCCUUGUUCCUGGACACAUUGUGGAGCCAUCUUCGAGUUCAGUUUCUUUACUUGUAACACAUUCGAAACCCGGCUGGCCUCUUCUUCGCAUAUCAGCUCCUGUGACUUCAGAUUCUUCGAAACAAUCUGCAGAUACUACGUCGCUUAAUCAAUCUACACCUGCAAGUCCACAAUCCCAGAAAAAUUCUGUUUCCUCAUCUCAUUGCAAGGAGUUCAGCUAUGCAGAGCUUGAAGAAGCAACUUGUCGAUUCUCCUUAGAUAACUUGAUUGGAGAAGGAGGGUGUAGCAAUGUGUACAAAGGAUGUCUCUCAAAUGGCAAGUCAGUGGCAGUGAAAGUUCUGAAAUCUUACAAGGAAGCUUGGAAUGACUUCUCCAUGGAAGUAGACAUCAUUUCUUCAUUAAAGCACCAAAAUAUAACACCCCUAAUUGGUGUAUGCGCCCAGGACAACAAUCUUAUGUUGGUCUAUGACUUCUUGCCCAAUAGGAGCUUGGAGGAAAGCCUUCAUGGUAAUAAUGAGAAAGUUGUACUGGCAUGGGAAGUGAGGUUCAAAGUGGCUGUUGCAAUUGCUGAGGCUCUAAAUUACCUGCACAAGGAAUGUUUGCGUCCUGUUAUUCACAGGGAUGUGAAAUCUUCUAACAUCCUCUUCUCCAGCGAUUUUAAUCCACAGUUAUCCGAUUUCGGGCUUGCUAUAUGGGGACCAACAGAUAAAAAUUACAUGAUAUACGACGAUGUGGUGGGGACUUUUGGAUAUAUUGCUCCAGAAUAUUUCAUGCAGGGAAGGAUCAGUGACAAAGUUGAUGUGUACUCCUAUGGUGUUGUUCUUCUUGAACUGUUAUCUGGAAGAAGACCAAUUGCUUCCCGGAAUCUCAGAGGGCAAGAGAGUCUGGUCAAGUGGGCAAAACCAAUAUUAGAGAGUGGGGAUGUGGAAGCAUUAAUGGAUCCAAGGUUAGAUGAUGACUUUGACAUUGCUCAAAUGCAAAGAUUGGGACUUGUGGCAAACCUCUGCGUUAAUCCAUCUGCACAGCUUCGUCCGACAGUGAGUGAGAUUCUGGAACUGUUAAGGGGGAAGAAGGAUGCAAAGGAGUGGGUGAAGUUACAGCUUGAUGAAACACUCGAGGAUGAUGAAUUUCUUAUAGAAUUUGGUGGGAAGCCCCAUUUGGCUUUCUCAGAUUUAGUCUCGGACGAUGCCGCAUCACUAAGUAGUAGUACAAAACAAAAACGACGUUUUAAGUUGAAGGAUUAUUUGAAAGAACCGCAAGACUAUGCCAACAUUAGCCACCAACUUAACAUGGACAUAUGACGGUCGUAAGGAGUUCUUCUGCAAGACAGUAGGGCUCUUAACAUGGACAUACGACCAGUAUUAAAACAUUGCCUGUAUCUUAAUUGCAAUGGGAGAAUAUUUCAAUCAAAUAGGCGCUCACCACCAGAGAUAACCCACAUUUUCAGAACCGCAAUUCAGAGCACAAAGAACAAUUGUAAUAUCUAAGAAUAAAAAAUAUGCAUAUUAGAUUUCGUCAA